UCCUCUAGGAAAUCGUGGCUCCUACACCCUUCCCGUCUGCGUUGCCCAGCUCCGCAGCUCCCCGCGCGAGGCUCCGGGGCGCCAUCGCUGCCCACGCCGUCGCCCUCUUCGUUGAGCGCGCCCCGCGCAGCUAGCCCCUGCCCCUGCGCCCUUGCCCUCGUCCUUACUCAGAUCUGCACUGCAAGUUCAUCAGGGGACGCGUCCUCUCCUUCGGCACGGGCGAGCUGCGGCGGCACCCGUCCCUGGCAUGUUAGCGCUCGGACAGGAUCGGCUCUCGAGCUUCACCAUCGGCAUCCACGUCCGCUUACUCCGGAGUGCUCCUUCGAACGACCUGCUUGUCGUGGGGUUACCCGUGUCCAAGGACGACGGCCUCGACGCCACUGCCUAUGUCAUUGAGGACCUCGCUGCCAGGCUGCCUGAUGUAGGCACCGCCGCCAGGGUCGAGCUACAUCUGUAUGUUACUCCACCUGGUGUAGGCCAUCAAACACUAUUCUUCUCCGUCUCCACAUCCCCUUCCUCCAGUCCAGGUCACCGGCCCGCCGCCAAUCGAGUCGACACCGCCCUCAUCACGACGACGCAUAUCCCUAGCACAGUACGCCGUACGCGGACGACCUCUGCUGGUUCAGUUGAGAACAGCUGGUGCUGCAGGACCUCCUCGGCUGUGGUGCGUGAUCUCCUUGGGCCAGCAGCAGUUGUGUACGCGGACGUCCGUGUCUGCAAAACAAAUCAACCAUCAGAUUUAUGACGUAUAUGACCCGAUGGAGUAUAUAUACAUGAAGUAUAUGAUCAUACCAGGAGGCGACGGGGACUGGCCAGAGCUCGAUGACGAUGAGGACUCCGUGGACUGGCGGCGGCGCCAUCUCUCGCCUCGGUGCUCGCCUCCGCCUCCACGACAACCCUUGCCUUUGCGCCCUCUCCACCCGACGCGGCAAGCGCUCCUCCCCCACUGUGCCCCCUGACUCCGAUGACGAGGGACCCAUGCGCGGCCUCUUUGUGCUAUCCCGUGACCCCGAGUGCCCGCCGUGGCUGCAUCAACCUGAGGUGCCGGUUCACGUGGGGCCAGCGCAGGUAGGAUUCCGGACAUGAUGGGAGAGUGACCUCGACACGGACACAUUGGGCAGAAGAUUUUGGUGGGCACACUGAAAUUUUCCCUCUUUAUAGAUAGGUAUAGGUAUAGAUUAAUGAACUGCACGUAUGCGACACAUACAAUUUCAUCAAUUUCUUAAACAGAAGUGUGUUCACUCUUGAAUGAAAUCUAGCAUGGAAGAAAAAAUUACAUCGAAGCAUAAGACAAGCGGGGAUGGGGACACCACUACACCAGUGUGUCUAAGCGAAUACGAUAUCAGAAUGCUCGCCUAGACCUUGAGGUUGGAAUUAGCUGACGACCUGAGCCAGAGCAGCAGCCACCACCACUCACCUCGAAUGCACACGCGCCGCCACCCAAGUUGGAGGCCUGGAGCAAUGCCGCUGGAGUUGGACCAGAGCUCACGCGUCAGUGAGCCCCGGUGCGCUAGGAGGGAGGGAGGUGCGGGCUUGCCCACCGGAGGCCGCACGCCGGUGAGCACCCAU